AUGUUCAUCCUGACCAAGAUCGCCGACUUGGUGCAAAUUGCGCCAGAGGAUUUCUCUAAGCGCAGCAUAGACGCAAUCGAGGACAACAUCAAUGCCAAGUACUCUAAUAAAGUCAUUCAAAAGAUUGGACUCUGUAUCUGCUUGUACGAUUUGCAGUGGGCUUCAGAGGGUCUCAUUGGUCAUGGCACAGGCUUGGUAAACGUGAACACUGAGUUUCGUAUGGUUGUAUUCCGUCCUUUCAAGGGUGAAGUCAUGAUUGGCAGAAUACGAAGUUCUACACCCGCAGGUAUCAAUCUGAGAACAGAUUUCUUCGACGAUAUCUUUGUGCCGUUUGAGGAGUUACCAGAGGGUGCUGAAUACAACCACAGCGAACAACUCUGGAUCUGGAAUCUCGACGAGGAUCGACUCUUCUAUGAUAACCAUGAGAUGGUUCGCUUUCAAGUAAUCGAUGAGGAGUGGCAUGAUCAAGCUCCUGCUGGACCAACACAAGCCGAAGAUUCACCCUUGAAAACUCCGUACCGCAUCAAGGCCAGUAUGGCUGCUGAAGGAUUAGGCGUAUGCCUGUGGUGGGAUGGAGCAUAG